GGGUACCAGCGUUACUGAUUCAGCUGAGAAAUUGCGGGAGGGUUACGGGGUUUGGCUACUCGGGGUGCGCUCCCGUCGUGCUGCGGCGAUAGCCGAGAGAAAGGCGGUGCCACAUAGCCUCAGCAGACAUAGUUGCUGAUGUUGCGCAUCCUAAGGUGCCUGGGUGCACAUGGCGUCCAGCAGAGAUGCACUGCCAGAAACAUCAGAGGUGCCAGACUCAGAUGGUACUCUUCCAGGAACUUGACACACCUAAAAGAGCGGGGACUGCUGUCUGAAGUUUUUCCAGAUGACAGCAAGCGCCUGCAGGACGUGCUGAACGCGUCCACCCAGUGCUUCUACAGCGGCUUCGACCCCACGGCCGACUCGUUGCACGUCGGCAACCUGCUGGUGCUGGUGGCGCUGCUGCACUGUCAGCGGGCCGGCCACGAGGUGGUGACAGUGAUAGGCGGCGCCACGGGUCAGAUCGGCGACCCGAGCGGCCGCCGCACGGAACGUGCGCCGCUCGACCCCGAGACGACCGAACGGAACGUGGCCGCCAUCGAGGAGAACGUGCGGCGCGUGUUCACCAACCACGAGCGGCACUUCUGGACCGAGCAUGGCCACACGGACCCGCUGACGCCGCUGCGCGUGCUAAACAACGCGGAUUGGUACUCGGAGUACUCCCUGGUGGACUUCCUCUCCAUCAUCGGCCGCAGGCUUCGGAUGUCGAACAUGCUGUCCCGCACCAGCGUGCAGUCGCGACUCUCCUCGACCGACGGCAUGAGCUUCACCGAGUUCACCUACCAGAUGUUCCAGGCCUACGACUGGCUGUACCUGUGGCGGAAGCAUGGCUGCUGCUUCCAGGUGGGCGGCACCGACCAGCGCGGCAACAUGCUGUCGGGGUACGAGCUGGUGACGGGCACCACCGACGAACAGGUGGAUCUGUUCGGCCUCACCGUGCCGCUGGUGACGACGGAGGAGGGCGACAAACUGGGCAAGUCGGCCGGCAACACGGUCUGGCUGGACGCGGAGCGCACCUCGCCGUUCGACCUGUACCAGUACUGGGUGCGGCGCGGCGACGGGGACGUCGAACGCCUGCUGCGCCUCUUCACCUUCCUGCCGCCGGCAGACAUAGACCAGAUCAUGACCAGGCACAGGGCGAGUCCAGAGUCGCGCCUCGCCCAGAAGAAGCUCGCUGAGUCGGUCACCAUGCUCGUCCACGGCGCCGACGGCCUCCGCUCGGCUAAGCGUGUCACCCACGCCAUCUACUCACGCGAUCCGGAAGCUCUGGUUGGGCUGGCGGACGCCGAGCUGCGCGCCAUGUUCCGACACUCGCCCGUCACCGAGCUGAUGCUGACGCCGGGUCUGACCGUCCAGCAGCUGGCUAUGGCGGCCGGCUGCUUCAGCAGAGACGCGGACGCGGCGCGCAUUAUCGAAGCCGGCGGUCUGCACAUCAACCAGCGCCGCGUCGCCUCGACGGAGGAAGUGGUCACAGCAGACAGUCACGUGCUUCCCAACGGCCUGACGCUCAUCAGGGUCGGCAAGAAGAACUUCUACAUAGUUAAGUGGGUGUGAGAGGAGGCGAGACCACGAGACGUAGCGGCCAUCCGUGCCUCAGCGGCCGGCGGUCGGCACUCUGUCAGCGCUUCUCGACUGAGAAAUUCUCAGCCGACGCACGACUGGGUUAUCGGUCCGAUGCUGCCGGCCGAGGCUGUGGAGAGUUCUCGGUAUACGCACGGCCGCGUUCUCAUCCGAUGCUCUCAGCUGAAACUGUGGAGAGCUUCAGUCGGCUGUGUAUGGGUGAUUGUCUGCCGCGACGGUGGGAGAUCUGGCGGAAUGCGGGCGGACGAGCCAUUCCGUGCUCCUUUCCGGGACUCCGGAGCGACGUAGGCCAAACUAUGUCCGGAAUAAAACGCCGCCAUCCUGUGAUCA